AAAGGUCGUCGACAGCAACACGUGGUUUGUGGACCGAUGUCUUCUUCACGCCGAGUAAAGCAGAAGCUUGUAGAAAGGCGUAAGGAGCCCCAGCCACGAGGUAAUGGUUGUGAAGCAGCAGAGGAAGAAGAGACUGUUUAUGAACAGCUUCUCUCGCUGCUUGGUCCAAAGAAGAGGAAAACUAAGUCUCUCAACAAACGACGAAAAGACCACGGAAGUCGGAGAUUACCAUCAGCCGACGAAACCUUACCACUGGCUGACAAACAUGAGCCACUGACAGACCAAAGUCAACCAAUACCAAGUGACGAGAGGACAGAGUGUGAAGGUGGGAAGACUGGGGGGAUUUGUGAUGGUGUGGAGGGUGACGGGGAAAUUGGUGAUGGUGAAAGUGGUGAUGGAGGAGAUAGUGAUGGUGACGAGAGUGAGACAGAGACCAAGGCCAAUGGAGAUCCUUUCCGACUACACUUUGACCACCUCCUCACUAGUGAUGAGAUGUCUCUCCUGUCAUCAUCAUCUCCUUCUCUUCUUCCGUCCCACUCCCCUACUCUGGGACUGGUCACCCACAUUCCUGGAAUUCCUGGUAGCGAGUUGGCUGUCUCUCAACACCCAGUCUCCCUCUCUCAGCUGGGAAUCAAACCAAAACUGUGCCACAACUGGACGGCCAAUUCUCCAGCAGCUUCUGAGCUGACUGAUAUCCAGAGACACUUGUUUCCUAUCAUCGCCUCGUACAAGGACUUGCUGUUCUCUCAUAGGACAGUGGAGAAUUCCGAAGAGCUCCGAAGACUCUAUGUCCUCCACAUCCUCAACCACGUCCUCAAGACGACAUCACGGAUUCUCAAGAACAAUCACAAACUGCUGCAGGCUUCAAAGGAAGGUCGCCACAUCGAGGAGCCCAGGGACCAGGGUCUGACUCGACCAAAGGUCCUCAUUCUUCUGCCAUUCAGACACUCAGCACUGCAGGUGGUGGAGUCCCUCACCUCUCUCCUCCUUCCUCCAGGACAGGGAGUUGUUCACAACCAGCGACGGUUCAGGAGGGAGUACGGAGCGGAGGAUCCGGCGGGACAGAGAGUGGUCCCGAAACCUUCCUCCUUCACUGCCCUCUUCUCUGGCAACACAGACGACUGCUUCAAAGUGGGCGUGGCCAUACGGGGGAGGAUGGUGCGACUCUUUGCAGACUUCUACUCGUCAGACAUCAUUCUGGCAUCUCCGCUCGGGCUGCGGACUAUCAUUGGAGCCGAUGGAGAUAAGAAGAGAGAUUACGAUUUUCUAUCGUCUGUGGAAAUUCUGGUACUUGACCAAACUGAUGUGUUCCUCAUGCAGAACUGGGAGCACGUCACUCAUGUGUUGAAUCAUCUUCAUCUGAAGCCAAGAGAAGCUCACGGAGUUGAUUUCUCUCGAGUGAGGCUCUGGGUUCUGAAUGAAUGGAGCAAGUCUUACCGCCAGACAAUCGUCCUAUCAUCUUUCCUGACUCCUGAGAUCAACUCUAUCUUCACCACUUACUGCUUCAACUAUGUCGGAGGAGCGAGGUGUGAUGGAGGCAGGGAGGAGGGGAGUGUGGGCCAAGUGGCCAGACAGCUGCCUCAGAUGUUUGCCAGACUCUCUCCCUCCGUCUCUCCCUCCCAGCUGCCAGACCACCGCAUGAAACACUUCUCCUCACAGGUGCUGCCUAGUUACCGUGGAGACCUGAUGAAAGGCACUGUUAUCUUUAUCCCCUCCUACUUUGACUUUGUCAGGGUUCGCAAUCUCAUGAAAAAAGAGGAGCUGUCUAUUGCAGCCCUCAGCGAGUAUACCACGACCUCAGGAGUGACUAGAGCCAGAACCCAAUUCUACCAGGGGGUUACCCACUUCCUUCUCUACACCGAGAGAGCUCAUUUUUUCCACAGGUUAAGGGCCCAUUAAAUGUAAUGGGGAAUGCCACAAGUGGAAAAUGUCGCUGAUUUUCUUAGACUUUUGUAAAAUUCUCCAGGUACCGGCUGAAGGGAGUACGACAUGUUGUGUUUUACUCCAUCCCCACAUACCCUGAGCAUUACUCCGACCUGGUGAACAUGGUGGAGUGUGAGGAAGGUUCGGUGGAGGUACUUUACUCCGAGUGGGACCAGCUGGCUCUCAGACGCGUGGUGGGCAGGGCUAGAGCCCAGCGAAUGAUGACCAGCAGUGACUCCACCCACAUGAUUGUCACUGGACAUCAGACUAAGACAUGACAAUUAUGUAUUAUACAAAUAUCUAUUUUUGACUGAAACAAUCGUAAACUGCGAGUGUGAAGAAUGGAGAUGAUGAAUGAUGUUGAUCAGAUAGCUAUGUUCAGGUGUGAGAACUUGGCAUCCUUGGCCAGUCUCCUUUGUACUGCCUUUUGGUAGAACUGCUUCAUCUUCUCCCCUGCCUUCUCUGCAUGGGCCAGACUGGACUCCAACUGUUGCAAAGAGCAAACUCCUUGUGUGUGGGUGGAGAUGACACGACCGCUGCUACAGUCUGUCAUUACUGUCACCAGACUCUGGCUGGCCUGCUCCUGUGCCAGAGAAGGGUCAGUGAGGAGGUCUCCAUCAGGUGAGCAGGCAGUGGAUAGAGAGGAGAAUGGAGAAGAGAGAGGAAGUCCAGAGUCCACCAGAGCCAGACAAAGGGCCAGGCACAGUGUAGAUAAAAGCUGAAUAGCAGGAGGUAGGGAGUCACUAUAGUAUAAGAGGCUGCUUUGUCAGUGGCUAACUCACUGAGCCUUGAUCUGUGUGGAUCUGUAGUACCACGGAAAGAGCAGUGUGUGGAUGGAGGGAGGCCAGGAUACACUGCUCACAGCAACCAGCCAGCAGCUGCUCCAGAAACCUCUCCCUCACUCCUCCCUGGCCUCUCGCAGGCUUCACCACUAUCUCCAACGAUGCCCUGUUUGAUCUCUCCUUGCCCGCCUUCACCUCUGCAGGGCCAUAUACACCAGCUAAUACACUCGUGGCUCCCUGGACCACGCGUGCAGAGCCGUCGGCUCGCUCCAGAACACCAAACUCACAUCUCAACGGUCUCAAUUCUGCCAUGUGCACGAUGGAGGGGGGCGUGGUCC